CAACAACCUUUGUAUAACAUCUGCCAGUCAAUUGAGCCGUGAGGAGGUCUUCUACCCGAUACGCAGCCUUUCGCCCGCUAACUAUAGCUCGACCAGAAAUUCUGACCGGCAAAAUGCCUGUUCCCUUCGAGACCUUGAUUCCCUAUGCCAUCAUCACGGCUAUGUUUGGCAUUUCGGGUGCCGGUAUCUCGACGGUCCGAUGGUACACGAAUGGAGGCAAGAGGCCUAGGAGAUCAAUUGAUCAGUGGGAUAGGCAAAUGAUGGACCGAGACCGCAGGCUCACAGGGUUCCUGCGCGGUCAAUCCGACAACCCGAUAGCACCACCAGGAUUCGAACUGAACAAUCCAUGGAGGACCGAGGAGAGGAUGAGUUAAACACCAGGCACCAUUCAUCAGGACUUUGGAUGGGGAUCACACCAUUAGGCGAAGAAACGGUUCCAGGGCAUACCCCACGAGAUGAACUACAAAGGCGGUUUGUAGCAGCUACAUACAAAAGAAUCAAUCUCAACAACCAGGCGUUUGGCUUUUUAGAAGCCUCUUUCAUGGCUGACUCAAUUAGUAUCACCAACCUGUAUCUGUGGUCUAUUCUUGUUGAGUCCGUCCAGCAACGUGCAAGCCUGACAAAUGGCUUGGCUGGACAUAUAUCCGCAGCGAAUACAUGUUCCCAAUACCUGUCUGGUAACUGUUCCACCCUUGCCCUUCGCAGGCGCAUUUCGUAUGGGAACUCUCAUGGUUCUUUGAGCAUCGGCGUCUUUCUUUUGGUUCUCCAGGGCGCCAACGUCGACCUCGAGAGCUGCAGAAUCUUGAUUCUUGCGAAGCCGUGCUUCCAUCUCGGCCAUUUCUCCUCCUGAACUCCGUCCGUUUGCCGACCCACACCCUCCAGGCUCUCCUUCUGGGUAUUCCUGAGUAGCUUCCCCUUCUCCGUUACAGGCGCAGGA